UGUAGGAUUAUGCCAAAUGGCAACCUAAUGUCCAUGAAUUAAAAUAUUGGUUGGGGGCACUUUUUAUGAUCAAAAUUGAAAUCCUUCUUCCCAAAAAUUCCUUCAAAAAAAUGGGCAGCCCUUCUCCAAGACUCCAUGGCCAUUUUUCUUCACUAAUUUUCUUGAGGAGAUGACUGAAUAAGAAGUGAAAAAGAAUUUGCUAAAAGUUAUAAAGAUGAUUGAAAAACAAGUUUUCGGUCACCUGUUCCGAAUUGUUUGGCAUACUGAUACGGUACCGAUACAGCCGGCUACGUCUGCCCCAAUCCAGUCCCUUCCGCCCACCGGUGUAACCGAAGGAACAGAGCAAGAAGCGGAGGAAGUCCCGGAGGUUAGGCAGCUCGAAGAGCCGUCGAUCGCGAAGUCGAAGCCAAGAAGGAAUGUGCAUCCGCCUGAUAAGUUUGGCGACUACGUCGCCAAGUAGCCUUAGUUAAUUAGAUCUUUUUAUUAUUUUAUUAUUUUGCUAUUUUUAGAGAUUAGUAAUUUUAUUUUUAUUUAUUUUGCAAUUAUAAGUCGAGCGUAAUUAUAAGCUCCGUUUCGGAUUUUCUUUGUUGGUUCUUUCCCGAGAUGAACUAGGAUUAGGAGUCGAACCAACCCUAGGGUCCUUAGUCUAUAAAUAGGGCAAUGUUCAUAAACUUUAUUCAUAAAGGAAAAUAUUACUUUUGCCCACAAAUCAACGUGAAUUACGUUAACCCUAGUUUCAACGCUGCCCGACGGAGGAGUUCCGCGCACAGCUCGAAGCUAGAAAUUACCGCCGAUCCUCCCUUAGGACGCCGAAAGUUUGUCUUGAUCAUCGAGCAAUCCGCCGCCGAUCAUCGUUAAGGAAUUGAGUCCUUAACAUCUGGUGCUUUCAUCCAGUACUCAUGAAGCGUUACAACAACAACGGAAAGUCAGUUUGGGCACAGAAUCGGCAAGAUUCUUACCCGGUUUACAGGUUCGGGGGUCGCCCACCAGUAGGAGGCCGCCGCGACGGUGGCGGUAAUUACCGACCACCGGGAGAAGACAGCGACAUGGAGGGUCGCCCCUCGGACGAAACUCAUCAGGAGGAUCGCGUAAGCAGCAAACUAGAUCGCGUUUUGGAGAAACUUGGUCAAUUGGACGUAUGGAAGGAGGAGGCCGAUCGCAAGUUCGACAUUCUAGUCCCUGCAUUAACACGCGAUGGGGACAUGGCGAUCGGGGUCGACGAGGGAGAUGACCCACCAUGGGACGAUAAUAGGAGAAGGAGACCGAUGGAGAAAGGGUUUCAUCCGAGAAACCCUAAUCUUGAUUUCCGCGAUGGGUUGCCGGAGGAAAAGGCGCGUCGCGAGGAGAGGGGCCGGACAGGCCCCAACUGGGGAUUUCAAGGGGACAGACAGCAAAAUUUCAACCGCCCCGCUAUGUGUUGGGACCUACCGCAGCGUUACAAAUCCCACAUUGCGAACUAUGAGAAACCCCAGAGGGUUAAGAUGCAACCACCGCGAUUCAACAGAUCUGACGUUACUAAUUGGGUGUCGAGGGUCCAGUACUACUUCGACCACGUUAUGAUGCCCGACGCUGAGCGUCUACAUUACGCGGUAAUGUUGUUUGAUCUGCCCGCGGCGGAGUGGGUUUUCAAUUAUUGCGCAAACAACGAGUUUGUCAUGUGGCAGGAUUUCAUGGAAGAUGUACGACAUCGUUUUGACAGGCAGAGCUUUAAGAAUUAUUAUGGCCUUCUCGCCAAGCUUACACAGACAGGAACAGUACUAGAAUAUCAUGAUACUUUCGAAAAAUACCUUAACCGGGGGAAAGGGGUCCCGGAAUCGGACCUAUUCACUCUCUUCGUUGCGGGCCUUAAACCGGACAUACAAGAGUGCCUGCAGUUACAUCGUAGCCAUCAAACGGCACCGCCUACGGGUCUGCGUCAGCCUUGGCAGAAUCGGGAGUCUCGUGGGCAGCGGGGGUCCCCUCUUCUCACCUCCAUUCUCAGCCCCCAUCGGGUUCUGUCCCAACGACGGGCCAGCCGGGUCGGGGUCAGGAGCAGCCACGCCCGCCGAUUAUACGGGUCUCCCAGGCAGAGAAGUCAGAACGAUCUAGGUUGGGACUUUGCUGGCACUGCCCCGAAAAGUGGGUGAUGGGACCCAUGUGUAAACAACGCAUUCUCUGUUAUGCGGAUGAUGGGGAGGAGCCUGAGGAGCCCUUGUUGGAAGAACCCGUCGCAGCGGAUGUUUCCCACAUUCCCGCCAUGAACGGGGGUCGACGGUCUCGCCCCCUGCGAGUUUUGGGUAUGAUACAGAACCAGGAAGUAAGCAUCCUCAUCGACACAGGGAGCGACAGGGAUUUUUUGCACCCUGGGGUGGCGGAGAAAUUGCAGCUCCCACUGUCUCCGAUUCGUCCCUUCCGGGUCUACGUUGGCAAUGGUGAAGCGUUGUUAUGCUCCCAUGUUUCACGACAUACGAGGUUGGAGGUCCAAGGCACGGUUAUCAGGCGGAUUUACACAUCCUCCCGGUGCACGGACCAGAUAUUAUAUUGGGUAUGGACUGGCUCGAGUCACUAGGGAAAGUUACUGCAGACUUUGCGGGCAAGACUUUGGAAUUUGUUCAGGCCGAUACCCCGGUCACGUGGAAAGGGAUUGUGCCCCCUCCGCAGCGAAUCAGCUUACAAUCUUUGGUGACAUUGCUCCCUACAAACGAGCUUCUAGAAUGUUUUGAAAUUAUGCUGCUGGACCAGGAAUCGCCGACGCCCCAGCCGGCCGUGGAGGAGUUUCCGGCGGGUAUGCCGCAGGAACUAUUGGCGGUGUUGGAACAGUUUCGAUCUGUUUUCGGCUUGCCCAGCGGGAUACCGCCGACACGCGCUUAUGAUCAUCGGGUGCACCUCUUGCCGGGUGCCAAGCCGGUCAAUGUUAGACCUUACCGUUACCCUUACUUCCAGAAAAAUGAAAUUUAGCGGCAGGUGAAGGAUAUGUUGGAUCAGGGCAUUAUUCGACGGAGCAGCAGUCCUUUCUCUUCUCCAGUACUCCUAAUCCGAAAGAAGGAUGGCUCUUUCCGUUUCUGCAUCGAUUAUCGUGCCUUGAAUAACGCUACAGUUCCAGAUCACUUCCCAAUCCCUACAGCCGAUGAGCUGUUCGACGAGCUUGGCAAGGCUCGUAUUUUCACCAAAUUGGACUUGCGUUCAGGAUACCAUCAAAUCCGAAUGCACGAAGAGGAUGUUUUUAAGACAGCCUUUCGUACUCAUGAUGGCCACUUUGAGUUCCUGUUAAUGCCAUUUGUCCUAACUAAUGCCCCAUCCACAUUUCAAGCCGCGAUGAAUGCUAUCUUUCAGCCGUUUCUGAGGAGAUUUGUGAUCGUGUUCUUCGACAAUAUCUUGGUUUACAGCCCUUCUCCCAAGACCCACUCCCAACAUUUAGCGGCGGUUCUUGGAGUCUUACAGGAGCACACCUUCUUCGUCAAGCUAUCGAAAUAUUUUUUCUGUAGCUCGACGGUAGAGUACUUGGGUCAUCUGGUCAGUAAUGGGUUACUUAAGGCGGACCCGUCUAAAAUAGACGCAAUGACAGCUUGGCCCCAACCGAGGACUGUGAAGCAGCUUCGAGGCUUUCUGGGUUUAACUGGCUACUACCGUCGCUUUGUCGCUCAAUACGCCCUAAUUGCAGCCCCGCUGACUGAUCUGCUAAAAAAGGACGCGUUUGAAUGGUCCCCUUCGGCGUCGACAAGUUUUGAGGAUUUGAAGAAGGCAAUGACCAGCGCACCCGUUCUUCGCCUACCCGAUUUUGAUCGACCCUUCUGUGUGGAGACCGAUGCCUCGGAUCUAGGGAUAGGAGCCGUUUUGCUGCAAGAUAAUCACCCGUUGCCUAUUUCAGCAAAAAACUAGGACCUCGUCGAAAAGUAGCCUCGACCUAUCACAAGGAAUUAUACGCUAUCGUGGAGGCUGUUCAGAAAUGGCGUCAAUAUUUACUCGGGCGGGAAUUCAUCAUACGGAGCGACCAAAAAAGUUUGAAAGAGUUGCUUCAACAGGUGGUCCAAACCUCGGAUCAACAGUUUUAUGUUCGUAAGCUGAUGGGGUACAAGUUCGUGAUCGAAUACAAAAAGGGCAGCGCGAAUAGAGCUGCCGAUGCCCUGUCUCGCCGCAGGGAGUCAUCAGCUGCGGUCGUGGGCUCGACCAGCGUAGAGGGGCCUGUCACCGACGAGGAUGUAGGACAAACCGGUGUUCUCCUUACAGCGGCAGCACAUCCGGUUCCGCAGCUUAUAGAGCUGUUGAAAAGCGAGAACCGUUCGUCUCCUGAAAUGCGUGAGAUUGUGAGGGAUAUCUCGGAGGGUCGCGCACCCCCCCACCUGUCCUUGGUAGAGGGUCUGGUAUACUAUAACCGCAGAAUCUAUGUAGGGUCGCGCUCAUCUGGCCGCAUACCUAUUCUGACGGAGUACCAUUGUUCACCUUCGGCAGGCCACCCGGGAUUUGAGCGGACUCUGAGACGGGUGUCCGCGGGAUUUUAUUGGCGUAAUAUGAAGAAGGAUGUGAAGAAGUUUGUCGAGGCGUGUGUCGAUUGUCAGACUACCAAAUAUUCCACACAAAAGCCUGCAGGGCUGCUAUAACCCUUGCCUGUUCCGUCUCAGGUUUGGGAGGACGUCUCAAUGGAUUUCAUCACGGGUCUUCCCCUAUCGCGAGGUUACACGACGAUCAUGGUGGUGGUGGAUCGCUUGUCUAAAUACGCGCAUUUUGCCCCUCUGCCGAACCGUUUUGACGCGUUAAAAGUGGCCCAUUUAUUCAUCAACACGGUGGUCCGUCACCACGGGUUUCCGAAAACAUUGGUUUCGGACCGUGAUUCUGUUUUCCUAAACAAAGUCUGGGAAGAGUUAAUGCGCCUCAGUGGUACGAAGUUGAACUUUUCGACGGCCUACCAUCCGCAGUCUGACGGGCAAACUGAGGUUCGCAACAAGGGGCUGGAACAGUAUUUGAGGGCUUUCACUGCGGAUCGCCCGUCUAAAUGGGCGAAUUUCUUACCAUAGGCGGAAUUGGCACUAAAUUGCUUCCAUCACGCGGGUUUAGGGAUGUCCCCUUUAAGGCGUUGUACGGGCGUGAGCCCCCAAGCUUGAUCUUCACCAAACCGUCAGACGCGACCCCAUCGUCGGUAGCGGAAUUGAUUACUCAGCGUGGGGAGCUUUUGGUGGAGUUACGUAGGAAUUUGGAGCGAGCGCAACAGCGGAUGCGUGACUCGGCGAAUAAGCACCGUCGCCAAUUGGAAUUCAAGAUGGGAGAUAAAGUGCUCCUUAAGUUGCAGCCAUACAGACAGCACUCGGUGGCGCGACCUCAGUCCGCCAAGUUGGCACGUCGUUAUUACGGACCUUUUGAGGUUUUAGAACGUAUAGGCCAAGUGGCGUAUCGCCUGCGCUUGCCGGAGGGGAGUAGGAUACACAAUGUAUUUCAUGUGAGCCUUUUAAAGGCAUUUGUCGAGGGAGAAGUCAGUGGCGACGCCAUAUCAUUGCCGUCGGAGUUUUUCGGAGAUAGACCAGUGGUGUAUCCGAUAAGAGGUUUAGACAGGAGGGUUCUUUGGCAUGCGGGUGAGCCGAGAGAUCAUGUGUUGGUACGUUGGUCAGACGGUACGGAGUCGCCGACGUGGGAGCCCCUGCAGUUGAUCCAGCGCCAGUUUCCGAACGUGCUCGUUGAGGACAAGGAUUUUGUUAUCGGAGGGGGGGUUGAUACGGUACCGAUACAGCCGGCUACGUCUGCCCCAAUCCAGUCCCUUCCGCCCACCGGUGUAA